AUGGCUCGGGACGGUCCGCCGUCCCCCGCGGCGCGUAAGGGAGCUCUCGAGCGUGGUCGAGAGGCCUACCAGUCUCAACGCUAUAAAAACGGAGUCGUAUUUUUCAGCCAGGCCCUCGACUAUCGGUCCGCUUGUUACGACGCGCUCAGUAAGCUUGAGCAGGCGAGGCGCGAUGCUGAGUGGGCGCUUGAGCUUUACCCACUGCGACUUGAGCCGAUCUUGUGGAGAAGCCUCGUCUUCGAACCCAGAGCCCGAUCCAUUGCCGGUCUCAAUUCCGUGCGUCGUAUCGUCAAGUACAGUGGCAAUGAUGUCAGAUCCUUGACGAUUACCGACACCAACAGGUUCAAUUUCGAGGCCAAGUUUCCCGCUCUUUUGAAUGGAUCACGGAAGACGACGUUCUUGAGCCUGGAGGGGUCACCCGUGAAUGCCGGCGACUGUCUCUCACGCGCCAGUUGGACCCUUGCUAAUCUUAAACAUCUAAUCCUCAAGUCACACAUGUUCCAAAAGCACAGCGUGCCUGGACCUAGCGAUACAAACCGGCUCCUGAGAGAUAUCCUAGUCCGCAACGUCGACCACCUCGAGUCCGUGUGCAUCACCUCUGACCAUGUCAACUUUGGUCCAACCUGGCCGCGCAUGGAGAAUCUGAAAGCCUUGAAAAUUGUGGAAACACUCAAAGUCACCAUCUCUCGCAACACCGUAGGACAACGACACGCGCAGCUGGUGGAGCUUCCCACAUUGUGGACCAAAGCACCAAAAAUACAGCAGCUUUGGCUCGAUGUAUCUUAUUGCGUUGGCCACGACCAUGAUAUGUACGGUCCGGCUCCAUCCACUGCUUGGCCUAAUCUCCAAUCUCUCGUGGUCGGUGCUGGAGUGAACUGGGGACACUUGGGCGCGCCUUAUGAGCAGCUUCGAUUUCUUUGGUGUCUCGAGAAUACACAAGACGGGCCUCCGGAAAUGCUCACAUUGGCACCAGAUGUUGAGGACACCAUUUCCCAAGGGCCCGACGGAGCACUAUCAAAAUUACAACACAUGUACGUCCCGCGAUUCUGCGGUGACAUGACCAGCGCUAAUAUUCCGGGGGUCGUGCUUAUCCGCGAGGGGGUCGAGGCGGCGGUGGCAUCGGGGACUUUACGUACCCUCGCCAUGAAGAUCGCCAUGAAGACCCAGGAACGUGAAUAUAUCAACCAGUUUAACUGGCUUAGAGGCUGCGUCUCUCUGCGCACGUUGUCUCUCUUCGUCACCGCGGAGCCUUUUAGAGCCCGGCUAGUGGCUAGUUACUCCGGCAGGGCUCAUAUGCCUUGGUUCUCCACGAGCGCCAAGGAAGUGGCGGGCCUUGUUGCAUCCUUCCCGAACCUCGAGACGCUCGAGGUGAGCCACGAAGAAGACGAGAUUUCGACGAUUGGAGCCAUUAUUGAGGCCGUUGCGCAGGAGUCGGGCUCGGUAAAGGUUAUCUACCAGGACAAAAUCAUUGGCGCGCCGUAUGACAAUUUGAAGGAUUACCUGAAGAAGAGAUCGGUGGAGCUGCGCUACGGGCGUCUUUCUCUUCCAGAAUUUCCCCUGAAGCUUGAAGGGCUGUGA